UUUAGAAUAAUUUAGUUGUUAUGUUGGUACGAUAAAUUGCAUAUGUCUGCCGAUUUACAAUUGCGACUGUAAACACGCGGUUGAUUGUUUUGUGGAUUUACUAAUAAAUUUUAUAAAGGUUUAAAAGAGUUGUUUAAUUUUUAAAUUUGAUUAUUAUUUAAUUCUUAUAAUGUUGUAUUUGGAGGAUUACUUAGAAAUGAUUGAACAUUUACCUCAAGAAUUAAGGGAUAGAUUUACCGACAUGCGAGAAAUGGACUUGGCUAUCCAUAAUAAUAUGGACGAAUUGGAAAAACGGGUAAAAAUAUUUUUCAAUGACUGCAAGCGAUACCCAACAGAUAAUCUACCUCAGACUGUUGAUGCAGAAUAUCAGGCUAUAAGGAAAGAGUAUUAUAAGACUUUAGAAGAUGCCGAUGAAAAGGUUCAUUUGGCAAGUCAAAUGUAUGAUUUAGUGGAUAAAUAUUUAAGACGAUUAGACUCUGAACUGCACAAAUUUAAAUGUGAGUUAGAAGCAGAUAAUAAGGGUAUAACGGAAGUAUUAGAAAAGCGAUCACUUGAACUCGAUACACCUAAUACAACUCCGAAUAUAUCGUCCUUACAGCAAAAGGAAAAUCGUUAUGAAAGUGUGAGUUCUAGCAGUUUUAGGUAUACUCGACCGAGAAGCGAGAAACGACGUGACAGUAACACUUCCCUGCCUUCUCAAUUUUCGGAAAAGAGACAAGCCGUGGCUGCAGUUGCGCCACCUCCUUUAGUUGAAACCAGGCACACAGCUACACCUCAGGUAACCCCUCCAGUACCGUCCACGAUAAGUUACAAUUUGGGACACAGUCUCGGAGCUGGACCGGCUAUUGCUGCGGCGGCGUCCCAGGCUAUAGCCGCAACGCAACAGAUGCAACAGGGUAGAAGAACGGCCAGUUUGAAAGCGUCGUACGAAGCGAUCAACACGGGUGGACACGGACACGAAUUCAGCAUCGGUAGGGAAUUGGCUGGUGCCGCGCAAACCGCCAUUCAAGCCAUACAACAGGAUCACGCCAACAACAAAAAUAAGAAAAAGAAGUGGAGUAACAACAGCACAAGUGCCUCCUCAGCUUCAGCCGUCGUUCAGCCGGUGAUAUCCACCACGAUUGUAACGCCAGCCCCGGAAUCGCCCACGGUCGACGUCGCCUCUCAAAACUCCGAAGUUACCGACGGCGAAUGGACGUACGACCCCAACGAACCCAGAUAUUGUCUGUGCAAUCAGGUUUCGUACGGGGACAUGGUUGCUUGUGAUAACGAGGACUGUCCUUCGGAGUGGUUUCACUAUCCCUGCGUCGGCAUAACUGCUCCGCCGAAGGGGAAAUGGUACUGCCCGCAGUGCACGGCGUCCAUGAAGAGGCGGGGAGGCAGGAAGAACUAGUAUAGGAGAUAGUCCGUUGUGUUCUACUUUUACGUUUUUCUUUUUUAUACUUUCUAUCCUGUUUUAACGUUACUUUUUAAUAUAUGCAAUAUUUUUAUAAUAGAUUAUUGUAUUCGUGUACGUGAACUUUGUUACGCUUAUUUUUUAAUUUUUUUUCUAAACUUAGUAGUGUGUUAUUAGCUGGAUGUAUAUCGUGAGCAUGACAGUAAUAAAACUUUGUAUGCAAAA